GCGGAGUUUUCCACCUCCGGCGUGCUUCGGGCGUCUAGGUCGUCGGCCUCCGGUGAUUCUCUCCUCCGCGGGAAACCAUCUGCUGCUGCAAGCCGCAAUCACAGGACGAGUCCCCAUCUCAAGUUUGCUUCUUGUGCGUCCAUGGAGACCUCCAGGAAGAGGACCCGUGGAGGGGGUAGCACCGCCGGGGGCCGGCUGAGCGCCCUACCGGAUGUCUUCCUCCACACCAUCCUCUCCUUCCUCAAGGCCCGGCAGGUGGUUCAAACGAGCGUUCUGUCCAGGAGGUGGAGGAGCCUCUGGCGCCCCGUGCCGUGCCUCGACAUCGACCAGGGAGAGUUCAAAAGCAGCCGUUGGCUGCUCAUGCCCCAAAGGGAUCUUGAAAAGUUUGAGGAUUUCGCAGAUUUUCUUUUGUUACAUCGUGAUGGUUCAGUCUUAGACACAUUCAAGCUGCAUAUAAGAAAGAGUUACCCGAGGCAUGUAGAUGCUGAUAGAUGGAUUCGCCGUGCCCUCAACUGCUCCCUUAGAGCGCUUCACAUUCAUAGCAACAGCAUUUGUCUAGUUAAAGUGCCUCCGGAUUUGAGAUCCAGUUCUUGCUACCUCACAAGGAUACAUCUUUGGCGCAUAUCCUUGGAUGACAAAUUUGCAGAGUUGAUCAAUUUUGUGUGCGUGGUUCUGGAAGAUUUGGAACUGAAAGGAUGUGAGCUUUAUUUUGACAAUAUUACCUCCACCUCACUGAGGAACUUGAUUAUGGAAGAUGGCUACCUCUUCGAUCCACUUAUUAUAACAGCUCCUCAUCUUGCUUCUCUGCACCUAAUCCUCUGUGAUUCCAGUGUCCAAAUAUCAGUUAAUGUAAUGUUAUCCCUUGUGAAAGCGUUGUUAUGUUUUGAUGUUUCCGAUCCAGAGAUAAGCAACCAAAAUGAUCAACUCAAGCUUCUAAGUAAUCUAUUUAAUGUGACAAGUCUAGAGCUGUCGGGUUUUGUUGAAACGAUACGCAAGGAGGCUUUUCCUCCUAGCUCGAAAAUGGGCAACCUUAAUCACGGAACUACUCCAGACUCUUCAGUUCGUCUGCAUGCCAACCUCAAAGAAUUAGGCCAUGUGGUGCCAGUUGAGCCGGUUGAAUUCCCUACACUCGGAAACCUGAGAACAUUAUUCCUGGAUAAAUGCGACUUGCAUGACUACUUCCGGUUACUACGUUGCUGUCUGCAGAACUCUCCUAAUUUGGAAAAGCUCACCGUACAGUGUUGCAUGCUCUCAGAAGAUUACAUGGGAGGGGACGAAGGAAAGGCCAAGGCGAAGAGGACAUAUUCUCUGGUGCAUUUCCAUUGUCCAAAGCUAAAGUCUACUGAAAUCAUAUACGAAGAUUAUGACAAUAUCCCGGAACUGGCUCCGGGAUCUCCAGCGACCGGCGGUGGCUGCGGCAGUAGGAGACAUCCGGUGCUGCAUCUUCAGAUGAUCGGACGGACGAGCUCCUCCGCCUUCCUCCCGUCCCGGCAGUCCGUGCAGACCUCCGUGCUGUCCAAGAGGUGGAUAGAUCUGUGGCGUUCGGUGCCCGCCAUCGACCUAGACAUCAGUGAUUCGGAGGCUUCACUGCGGGCGUCUACAAGUGGAGAAAGAUGAACAAUUUCACCACCGAGCUGCUGAUGCUUCACAAUGCCGAGUGCUUGGAUGCGUUCCGGCUAAAGUUAAAUGCUCCUAAUGCCUAUCCGGAUCAAGAUGUCUAUAGAUGGAUUCGCCGUGCCAUCAAGUACAAUCCUUUGGUGCUCAAAAUCUGUGUUUAUCGCGGCUUUCAUUACCAGUUCCAAAUCCCCCGUCUCGGUUCCACCUUCCGUCGACUGAAAAGGUUGGAGCUUGAUGAUCUGCAUUUGGACCAUUCUUUUGCGGAGCGGCUCAAUUCUGGAUGCCGAGCCCUGGAAGAUUUGGAUCUCUACUACUGUCAUAAUGAAUUUGAUGGCAUUCAAUCUGACACACUGAAGAAUUUGGUAGUUCAAGUCGAGUUGCAGAUAUAUUGGUUAUCAAGGCUCCUUGUCUUGCUUCCCUGUGCCUGCAGUUUCCUUGUUACUACUACAGAAAUGGUCUUUCAUUUGAGGCAAGAAAUUCCCUUUCGAGGGCAUCAAUUUCCGUAAUGUCUGACGAAUUAUUUCAAAGAGGCGAAACAAUUCUUGUGGGCAGCCUAUUCAAUGUGACGUGUUUGGAGUUGGAAAGGAUUAGUGCAAUGGCAAUCCUAGAUAAGGAAUUAGAUAAGUUUCUCAAUAUUUGACAACUUGAGAACCUUGUCUCUCAACUGGUGUUUUGAAAGCAAGCGUGAUGUGCACAAUUUCAAGGUCUUGGAAGAUUUCUGCAGAAGUCUCCUAAACUCAAGAAGCUUACUUAGCAAAAUUUCUGGUACUUUGAAGGUACUGAGAGGAUAUGGCGAACGGCUGACCAGCCCAGGCUUAAAAUGGUACACCUUUCUUUCUUCAAUGGAGAGAUAGGCUGACCUUCCAACUUCAUUUAUUUUAUUUUUGCCAUCUGACCUUUUGUUAUUAGGCUGGAUUAAAACUGAUCUUUAGUAUGGCCAUAUGGUGUUUAGUUGGUUUUACCUUUACGUUGCUUGUGUUGUUUAAUUCUCACCACCAGCCCAGUGUGCAAUAUAAACUGCCUUACUAGGGCCUGUUGUUGAUAUCAACGGUAUACAACUCUGAAAUCUGGUUUUAAUUUCCUCUCUUCUCUGAGGAAGUAGCACUGCUCGUGCUUUUUUCUUUGAAAUAUCUGUGUCUCAAUUAGAACACUCCUCAUGCUAAUGAUGACCUUUUGUCAGUAAUGUUUCGAUUACUCCAUAUGUUCAUCUGUUUCUUGUUGCGCCGAUCAAGUUAUAUGUAACACCUGUGAUCCAGGGUUAGAAAAAUCGGCAGGAAUCAACGGGUUACCAUUACUGUAGAAGUGCAGAAUUGCUGCAGCAGAGGUUGAGUACUGUUAUUUGGGUGGAUUUUUUGCAUGACUUGAGAAGUACUCGAAGAAAAAUGUUCAUUGAAUUUAAAAAUUGUAAAACAAAAAUUCAAGAGAAAUUCCAUAAUUUGGGCCUGUUACUGAUUAUGGGAAAUAUGGAAAUUUGCAACAUGGCCCUGCUGUGAUCAAUGCUGGGUGUGAGUGAUGAUGUUCGGUUUACUUUUUAUCUGUUCUGUAGGCUAGGGGUUUUCACUGCUGACUAGAGAAAAGACCACUCACAAAAUUACUCCGCAGUCCAUGCUUCAUCUGUGCCAACUGCAAAGGAAUUAGGCCAUGCAGAUAAAACCACUUCAUCUGUGCCAACUGCAAAGAAAUUAGGCCAUGCAGAUAAAACCAAACGUAUAAGUCCUCCUUUUGUUAUUCCUAUUUAAGUUUCCAGACCAAAUUGCUCAGUUUCACUGCAAAGUUCUGAGUUGGAAAAUACCAUCAAUAUGCCCUACUUGUCCUUUUGGGUUUGAGUUCUUUAGCUUAAUGUUUUGAGAGUAGCGACCAACUGACUUCAUUUUUUGUUCUGUACUAAACUUGUAAUCUUGUAACACUAGCAACUAUGUGCUUUCAAUAAAGCAGAGCCAAACCUUUGGUCUUAACAUGCCUCACUUGUCAGCCCUACUGUCUGAAAAUGUUGCAUGUCCUGUUAUUUCUUGCCAGCAAUUCAAUACGCAGCGUAACUUCCUUUACCAGAGGAUAAUGACAUGAUGUUGCUCACUGUGUGCAUGUGUCUCGUUGAAUUCUGCUCAUCCCCUUCUCAUAUAAAAAGAAGCACUACACCUCACCCACAUUUUUUUAGGAAAAAUAUUGUAUGAGCAUUGAAGCGAUCGUAAUGCCAAAAGUAAGAUGCUCUUUUCAACUGUGCUAGCUGCUUAGUUCGCGCAACUACAGCUAAACAAAAUAUUUUUUUUUUUUGGAAUUCUCCGUACUGGUAAAUCCUGUUGAUGAUGUAACAAGUUGUGCCUUGAUUUCAGAUGAGGCCAGUGUAGGACCAAUUGAAUUUCCUAUGCUUGAAAACCAGAUAACCUUAUUUCUGGACAAAUGCGAUUUGUGUGACAACUUCCGGUUGUUGCGUCACUGUCUGCAAAACUCUCCUAAUUAGGAAAAGCUCACUAUACAGCGUUGCGAGCUCCCUAAAGUUUCCACGGGAGGGAAAGGAAAAAUGAAAUCAAAGAAGACAUACUCUCAGUUUCGGAACCUGGUGCGUUUCCAAUGUCAGAAGCUAAAAUCUACUGAAAUCAUAUACAAAAAGGGUGGCAAAAUCAGGAACUGGUCAGUUUUUUGCUGGACAUCUCAGGCCAUGCACCAAAGAAUACUAUAACGCUUACAAAAGUAUGAAGAAGUGAAGAACCUGUCAGCCUGACUCUAGGUGGUCUUCUCGCCUUCUGGUUCGUGUUGAAUUUGCUAGCCUAUAGACUAUUUUCAGAUGUACUGUUUGUUGUAAAUGCACGGGUAAAGAAUCUGCUUCUGAACGUUUUGUACGUGACUUAAGGGCCUGCUCCAUGAUAUUGUGGUGCCUUGUUGGAAUGGAGACUACAACCCAGAACCCGAGAAGUUCAACUAGUGCUGAUCCUUAUGUCUGAAAUGCGUUGUUGGUUCUUAUUAGCUCCUCUUGCCCCUGGGGAUAUGGGUGAGCGCCAGGGAAGGAGGACGUGCCGGAUAUGCGGGACC